CCGCGCGACCCACACCCACCGCACAAAAAAAAUCUCGGAACCGAGCGCAUCUCUCCCCCCUACUCGACGCGGCCCCCCUCCCCGCCGCGCGGAUCCGGACGCCCCGGCCCCCUUCCCUUCCCCCUCGCCCCGCGCCCAGCCCUCCCCUUCCAUGCGCACGGCGCCGCCGCGGCAGACAUGACGCUCGCCUCCCUCGCCCGCGCCCUCGGCAGGUCCGCGCGCUCCUCCCGCCCGCGCCAGGGUUUCCAGCUCGGGGGCCUCGGCGGGGCCCGGUCGUCGCCCGCGCCGCUUCUGCCGCCGCCGCCGCGGGUCCAUGGCGGGGAGGGCGGCGGGUUAGGAUUUGUCCGGGGGUACCUGACUGCGGCGUCGGCGGCGGGUCUUGCGAGGCCCGCCGCGGGCAAGGCCGUGGAUUGGAGAUGCCUCCUCGCCAGCCCGCAGUUCCGGCGGCUCUUCUCGGACGAGUCCAAGAAGAAUUACGAGAACUACUACCCCAAGGGUAAGAAGGAGGUGCCAAAAGGAGAUGGGAGUAAAAAGUCUGAAUCGAAGCAGGAAUCCAAUACAGACGAGAGAUGGAAUUUCCAGGAGAGUGCUAUGAAACAUCUGCAGAAUUUCCUUGCGCCUCUAUUAAUUCUUGGCCUGAUGCUCACAUCCAUGUCAUCUAGCUCGGCAGACCAGAAGGAGAUAAGCUUCCAAGAGUUCAAGAACAAGCUACUAGAACCUGGUUUAGUUGAUCGCAUUGUUGUUUCAAAUAAAUCAGUGGCAAAGGUUUAUAUCAGGACUUCACCACAGCCAAAGAGCCAAGGUCAAAAUAGUGAUACCCAUAUUUCUACAACUGAUGUUCCAGGCAAGCCUGCUCCUAGCAGAUGCAAGUAUUACUUCAAUAUUGGUAGUGUUGAUUCCUUUGAAGAGAAGUUAGAGGAAGCCCAGGAAGCGAUGGGAAUAGAUCCACAUGAUUUUGUCCCAGUAACUUAUGUUGCUGAAGUAAAUUGGUUCCAAGAAAUUAUGAGGUUUGCCCCAACAGCAUUUCUUGUUGGAUUGAUAUAUUUGAUGGGGAAAAGGAUGCAGAGUGGUUUCAGCAUUGGAGGUGGUCCUGGGAAGGGAAGAGGUGGUAUUUUCAACAUUGGAAAAGCUACUGUGACAAAGAUGGACAAAAAUUCCAAAAAUAAGGUGUUUUUUAAGGAUGUAGCUGGUUGUGAUGAAGCUAAACAAGAAAUAAUGGAGUUUGUGCAUUUCCUUAAAAACCCCAAGAAGUAUGAAGAGUUGGGAGCUAAAAUACCCAAAGGUGCUCUGCUUGUAGGCCCUCCUGGGACAGGGAAGACUCUUCUUGCCAAAGCUACUGCAGGAGAGUCUGGUGUGCCCUUUUUGUCUAUUUCUGGUUCAGAUUUCAUGGAAAUGUUUGUUGGUGUUGGACCAUCCAGGGUACGAAACUUGUUUCAAGAAGCUCGACAGUGUGCUCCUAGUAUUGUAUUUAUUGAUGAAAUCGAUGCUAUUGGUCGUGCAAGAGGACGUGGAGGUUUUUCAGGCUCAAAUGAUGAACGUGAGAGUACUUUGAACCAGCUGCUUGUAGAAAUGGAUGGAUUUGGAACAACUUCUGGUGUCGUUGUUCUUGCUGGGACAAAUAGGCCUGACAUCCUGGAUAAGGCAUUGUUGAGGCCAGGAAGGUUUGAUCGCCAGAUAACAAUUGACAAGCCAGAUAUAAAGGGCCGUGAUCAAAUAUUCCGCAUCUAUCUUCAAAAGCUUAAACUGGACAAUGAACCAUCAUUUUAUUCGCAAAGGCUAGCUGCUUUGACACCUGGGUUUGCUGGAGCUGACAUUGCCAACGUUUGUAAUGAAGCUGCUUUAAUUGCUGCAAGAAGCGAGCAAACUCAGAUUACAAUGCAGCAUUUUGAGUCUGCAAUCGAUAGGAUUAUUGGUGGUUUGGAGAAGAAAAAUAAGGUGAUUAGCAAACUGGAGCGACGUACUGUUGCUUACCAUGAAUCUGGGCAUGCCGUUGCUGGAUGGUUCUUGGAGCAUGCAGAGCCUCUUCUAAAAGUUACCAUCGUUCCUCGUGGAACAGCUGCAUUAGGCUUUGCGCAAUAUGUCCCAAAUGAAAAUCUUUUGAUGACAAAAGAGCAGCUUUUUGAUAUGACAUGCAUGACAUUAGGUGGCCGUGCUGCAGAACAGGUCUUGAUUGGCAAAAUCUCAACUGGUGCUCAGAAUGACCUGGAGAAAGUUACCAAAAUGACCUAUGCACAGGUUGCCGUGUAUGGUUUUAGUGAAAAGGUUGGGCUUCUAUCCUUCCCUCAGAGGGAUGACGGCUUCGAAAUGACCAAACCUUACAGCAACCAAACUGCAUCCAUAAUUGACGAUGAGGUCAGGGAAUGGGUUGGCAAGGCCUAUAAGAAAACAGUUGAACUGAUAACGGAGCACAAGGAGCAAGUAGCCCAAAUAGCAGAAUUGCUGCUCGAGAAGGAAGUCCUCCACCAGGACGAUCUGACCAGGGUACUAGGAGAACGCCCUUUCAAGGCAGCAGAGCCAACCAACUAUGACCUCUUUAAGCAGGGUUUCCAGGAUGAUGAUGACAAGAGCCAAGCGCCAGCAAAGAAUGCUGAGUUGCCUGAUGAUGAUGCAUCUCCCUCGCUUGGCGAGGUUGUACCCACGUAGUUUUUCCUCAAAGUUAGAGCUGUAAAUUGCAUGCUCGUUCGAUAGAUUCUUGUUUGUUGCAGCAUAAGGAAACUGUAUAAAUUAGCGCCCUCGUCUGAUUAUGCCGUUGUGGAAAUGCGUUUGGAUUUCCACAAGGGUGGCAGUCCGGUUGAUAGAAUGCCUUGAGCUCAUCAUGGCAUCUGCAAACGUUCUGAAUCUUGUAUUCCCAUGUAUUUUUCCUGAAAGAUUCUGUCGACUGAGGAGUUGGUGCGAAAAGAGUGCUUGUCCCAUCUGAA